GGGGCCCAAGAAGCCACGUGGCAAGAGCUGGUUGGAGCACAGAAAAGACAGUGCCGUAAAGGAAUCAACCUCUGCUGAGCAGCGAGACAGAACAAAGAGGAGGACGAUCAAGUAGUUUGUAAAGUACUAAAAACCGAAGAAUCAGACAUGAUUGUUUUAUGCCUACAAAGAAAUUGAACAUGUGUAUUGCAGUGUUUCUAUGGCGAGCUCACCCUCUAUACCCACUCAUUCUUUUGCUUAACAGGGAUGAAUAUCACAGCAGGCCUACAAGGCAAUUGGAAUGGUGGGAUGGUGGUGAAAUAUUGGGAGGGAGAGAUGAGCUUGCAGGUGGGACAUGGUUGGCUUGUAGCAGGGAUGGAAGGGUUGCUUUUCUCACAAAUGUUAGGGAAGUUAAGUGUCUUCCUGAUGCCAAGAGUAGAGGGGAUCUCCCAUCUCGGUUCUUGCAGAGCAAGAAGAAACCCAUGGAUUUUGCAGAAGAAGUGGCAAAGGAGGUGGAUCAGUAUAAUGGGUUUAACCUGAUAUUAACUGAUCUUUGUUCCAAAACCAUGGUAUAUGUAACCAAUAGAGCAAAAGAAGAUAACAAGUUUGUCGCUGAGGUUUCAACUGGGAUUCAUGUGUUAACAAAUGCAAGCCUAGACUCUCCAUGGCCUAAGGCUCAAAGACUGGGCAAUAAUUUCAAAGAGCUAUUGGAUACAUAUGGUGAAGAAGAACUACCUGUGAAAGAGAUGGUUGAAAAACUAAUGAAAAACAGAGAGAAAGACGAUGAAAGCUUGCUACCUCACAUUUUUCCUCCAGAAAGGGAGUACAACUUAAGUUCCAUAUUUGUUGACACAAAUACACCAUUGGGACGUUAUGGCACUAGAAGCACUUCUGCAUUGUUUGCUAAAGCAACUGGGGAAGUAUUCUUCUAUGAGAGGCAUCUGGAGAAUGAUCUGUGGAAAGAACAGACUGCAACUUUCCAGAUAGAAGAGACAAAGUGAUUGAUAGAAUAUGGUGGCCCAACAAUCUCUAUGGUCAAUCUUGUCUGAGUAGAGUCAAGCUAGAUAACUUGUGAGUUUUGACAUCCUUGUUCUUUCUUUUAGUUGUUAAGAGGAAAAUAGAUAUAACUCAACCUUACACGAUGUGAGGCAUAUACAAAUCCUCUCCUACACUUGUUGAAUAAUCAUUCAAUAAAACUGGACUUAAUUGAUUAGUUCA